GAAUGCAAGCUUCAAAGAAUAAAACCACAAAAAAUGCAGAACCAUUCUACAGGCUUUCAGUGCCAAAGCAGAAGACCAGUUCUGAGAUUAUAAAUGAAGCCAGAAAUGCUCUACGAACACUAAGAACUCAGAGACCUUUUACACCUGCAGAGGAUCAAAGAAAACUCUUUGGAUCUGGAUCCUCGCGAGCUCCUCAAAAUAGACCCCCUUCAGUUUUUAGUCUUCAUGCAUCCAGUUUUGAUUUGGCUGAAUCAAGACCAGUGUCUGGUGUUCGUCUUAGCCCACUGGAUCAUAAACCAAUACUUGUCACUUUUGCAAAAGAUGAAGAUUCUUCUAUUUCCCUUCCAAAACCUCCUGCUGAUGCUCCAGAGGUUAGAAAAGUCAGCAGUGCUCGGGCACGCUUGUUGAGAAGAACUUCUCAGGUUAAUUUCCUUUCUGCUAAAAUGAUUCCUCCUGAUCAGAGUGAAGAGAAUCUAGAUUCUGAAGAACCAGCUAUGAUGAAUAAUCUUUGCAGAAGUAAUAAUAACUGCUUAGCAGAGCAGAGGUCAUACACACCAUUUAAUGAUGAAAGCAGACAAUUACUUUGUAAUGAGCAUAUCAGCAGAUCAGAGAGGGAAGACUUCCUAAAAGGGACAGAAGGAAAAUUUUUUUUUCAACUGAGAAGAGAAAGUGACGAGAUGAAAAAGCCUGACACUAGUUCAUCAUGGCCAAGGAGUACAGGCUGGAAGAGAAGAGUAACAGGCUCAGAGGAUGAAACAAGAAUAAACGAAUUGGAAGAGGAAGAAAUCUUUUGGCAUGUAAAGAUUCUACCAAUUCUUCAUGAACUGGAAAAAGUAGAAGACAAUGUAGAAAAUCUUUGUCUGGCUUGCACCAAGCUCUAUCAAGCCUUGAAUGAAGGGAAUAUGCUUGGAAAAAGAUUUAAAAGAAGAAGUGUGCUUCUGAAGACAUUAUAUAAACUUGUAGAUGUUGAUUCAGAUCCGCUUUGCCUGAAGCUGGCAAAGAUUAUUCUGGCUAUGAAAGUGGAUGGAAAAAAUCUUCUCCAUGUUUGUAAGCUUGCAUUUAAAAUUUGCAGGAAUGAAAAAAAUGAUUACAUCAUUCAAAAUGAUAGAUUAUUGGAUUGUUUGUUGGAGGUCCUGAGAACUGAAGAUCUACAAAAAAACAAUGAAGCUCUCCUGUAUUGCAUGGGAGCUAUAAAAUUCAUGUCUGGAAAUGCAGUACUACUUAAUGAAAUGGCCAACAAAGGAGCUGUUGAAAUGUUUCUGCAAUUAGUGAAGCAGAUUAAUAAUAUAAAGGAAAAUGACACACAUUUCUCCAACUUGGGUCACCUAUUAGUCCAGCUGACAGCUAGUUUACGAAACUUGGCUGACUUACCUCCGGCAAGGCGCCAGCUCCUUUGCAACGGUGCAGUCUCUGAGCUCUGUGUGGCGCUAGAGCAGCGUAUGAAUGAUAAGGAUGUAUGCACCUAUAUUGUCAGGAUAUUCAGCAAACUUUCUUCCUACAAUGACUUCUGUGGAGCUUUAGCAGACUGCUCCAGAUGUUACAUCUUAUUUUUAGCCUUACUAAACAAACACCAGAAUCAGCAGGAUUUGGUUAUCCGUAUCAUCUUCAUUCUUGGCAAUUUAACAGCAAAGAAUAACCAGGCCCGUGAGCAAUUUUUUAAAGAAAAAGGAAGUGUUAACACCUUGAUAUCAUUAUUUCAAACCUACCGUGAACUUGAUUUGAAUGCACAGAAAUGCUACCAUGAAAGAGGAGGGGAAGAAAAAAGCCACCCAAAGCAUCCUUCCGAAGCAGAAGAUGUUCUGAUAAAACUGAUAAGAGUGCUGGCCAAUCUCUCCAUUCAUCCCAGCAUAGGAGCAGCUCUGGCAGCUGCCCAUCGUGUUGUAGAAUUGCUUGUUACGGUAUUAGAGUACAAGUCAGUUGAUGACUGUGAGGAGUUGGUCAUCAGUGCUGCGACAACAAUCAACAAUUUAUCCUACUACGAAGUGAAGAGUUCUGCUGUUCAAGACAAGAAGCUACAUAUUGCUGAAAUGCUUUUAAAGCUGCUAAUGAGCAACAGUAUGGAUGGAGUUGUGGAGGCUGUCAGAGUCUUUGGCAAUCUUUCCCGGUAUCAUGAGAUCUGUGACUUCAUCAUACAGAAAAAGAUACACAAGUUCAUGAUUGCUUUGCUUGAUGCCAAGAACCAAGAUGUGUGUUUUUCUGCCUGUGGAGUUCUGCUCAAUCUCACAGUAGAUAAGAAUAAACGAACUUUUCUGAUGGAAGAAGGAGGAAUUGGAAAGUUAGUUGACUGCUUACAAGACUUUGGGCCAGCAGACUGGCAGCUGGCUUGUUUGAUAUGCAAAACCCUGUGGAACUACAGUGAAGACAUCACGAGUGCAGCCUCAUACUUUGGAGAAGACACUGACACAUUGCUGGUGCUGCUCACAUCGCUCUUAGAUGAAGAGCUGGUGUUGGGUUACAGCCUCAACAGAGAUUCAAGGGACUACCACAGACUAUAUUGGGAAAGAGAGUUCAAACCUGUGGCAGAAAAACUUCUUGAUAGAAUUGAAAGCCAUCACUCCUUUCUUCCAACUGUGACUAUUACUCCCUUUUAAUCAUUGUUUGGUUUUUGUGGUGUAGAUCGUACAGUUUUAUAUUUCUCAUAUAUCUGUACAUUGCCAUCGGUGAGCAUGGCAAUUUAAUUCUAAAACAAUCAGUAAAGCCUGGCAUUUACCGACUUCUGUCAGUAUGAAAUUUUUGCAUGUGUGAUUUUGCCAAUACAUUUGAGCUGAUCAAGCUGCUGUUCAGUGUGAUUUGUUUAUUAAUUGCAGUUUCUUGGUUGGGAAAAUGAAACAAAACUAUUUAGUGACCUUUUAAUUUUUGAAAGGUAAGUUACCACUGAGUACUUGGACCUCUGUUGUACAAAAAAAGCUGUGCACUAUAAAAGAAUGUUACAUUACAGCAGCCACAUCUUACCUACAGCCUUUUACUUUAUAUGAAAUUGUGCAAGAGUAACUCAGAUGCUAUUGGGGCAUUCUGCUGUGUUACACUGAGUAAGCUUCACUCUGCAGACUGAAUGCUGUCAGUGGCCAGGGGGAAAGGUAUUCCCCUUCUCUUUGGAGACCCUCCCUUUCUUUCUCUGAUGCUGUGCAGCUGGGGUGUC